CCAUCCGUUGCCAUGGCCGCCGACGGUGCGUUCAAGCCGGCGCUGCUGGUGAUUGAUUUCCAAGAAGACUUUUGCCCGCCCGACGGCUCCCUCGCCGUGCCCGACGGCCGCUCCAUCGCCCCCGUCGUCAACGCCCUCCUCGACCUCCCCUUUCCCGUCCGCCUCGCUACCCGCGACCUGCACCCCGCCGACCACGUCUCCUUUGCCGCCAACCACCCCGGCGCUCAGCCCUUUGUCUCGUCCACGACCAUCACCUACCCCGUCGAUGACGACGACACUACCGCCAACAACAGCGGCAACAGCAGCAGCAACAGCAACGACGGGAAUGGUGAACCCCUAGCUCGCCACCCGCCGCCCUACGAGACCACGCUCUGGCCCACGCACUGCGUUCGCGGCACCCCUGGCGCCGAGCUCGUCCCCGAGCUGCGACGCGCCCGCCUCCAGGGCGUCGUCGACAAGGGCCAGCGCCGCGACGUGGAAAUGUACUCGGCGUUUUACGACCCCUUCCGCGUGAGCGACAGCGGGCUCGCGGCCCGUCUGAGGGACGCCGGCGUCACCGACGUCUUCGUCGUGGGGCUGGCCGCCGACUUUUGCGUCAAGGCGACGGCCGAGCAUGCCCGCGACGAGGGCUUCCGCUCCUACAUCAUCGCCGAGGGCACUCGGCCGGUCCUGCCCGACAAGUGGGCCCAGUGCCGAGACGACAUCUUGGCCAGGGGCGUCAAGAUCGUGUCCGUAGACGGGGACGAGGUGGCAAGAGUCAAGGCACUGUCAUGAACGCUGGUCGUGAACCCGUAUUCUAGUUACGCCUGUGGCUAGCUAGCUAACCAGGGAUGGUUGCAUUAAAUAUGGAUAAUGGUAUGGCCAGCACCAACGUCAUGUAUCG